CUUUUUUUCCCUUACGCAGUAGUACUUAUUAUAGCAUAGCUAUAGCUACACUUUCUACACUCGUUUCUCUCUCCCUCAAAGAUGCUAUACACGCGUUUAAUAUACAUAUAUUUUAUCGAGUGCAAACAGUGCUGUUAAAACAACGGACUGGUUCAUUUGACAUCUGGUUGAUGAGGUGACGGACAAGUUUGUUAUUUCGAUAAGGAACAUCACUUGGAGAUUACAACGUACUCGCAGUGCUCUUCACGCUGAAGUGCAGCAGUUUCUCUUGUGCUCAUCUGCGUUUUAAACGCCGAUUUACUUGUCCUUCGCGGAGAAGAGACUAACAAAAGCGACAGCAAGAUGGUCAGUUUUUAACAGGAACCAUUCGUUGACUGUGUACAAUAAGAUUCCCCUUUUUUUAGUUUCCGCCUGCACAUGUCUUGGCUUUUUGGCAAGAAGAAACAUAAGGAUUCACCUCCUGAAUCCAGGAAUGAACAUGAAGAACAGCCUGCUGUAGAUUCAGGAGAUGAUUUCAUAAUAAUUGAAAAAAGAAGAACUUCUCUGCCACCUAAUGUCAGUAAUCAAGGUUUAUACCCCAGUCUGCACGACAAUACACCAAUGAAUCCCGCAAUGUCAACUGGUAACUUACCAAAGUUGAGUCAGCAAGUGGAUGCUCCACAUUAUCUAAGUGGUGUACCAUUUAAGUUAUGCAGACAGUUGGAAAGCAACAUGAACAAUGACUUGGAGAUAGAUAGUCUACGGAUUAGCGAAAUAAUGUCUUUCGUUGAAAGAUUAGAAAAUCAAAAUUAUAAUUAUGAUUUUUCGCUUGAAAACGGAGUUAUUACAGAAAUGGAUAGCAGAACUAAUGAAUAACUGAAACCCUUCCAAUGAUCAUCAUUAUAUAUAAUAAAUGCAAAUUUUACGAAUUUAAGGAGUCAAACUUAGAUCCGUAUGUAUCUCCUAAUAAUGUGAAUAUAUAAAUCAAAUUUUCAAAAGAAAAGAUCACAUGACAUAAUAUUCGUAUGAAUAUUAAACUUGAUUCUUUGAUUCUACACAGACCACACUUCUGAAGAACGUGUUCCUAUUUUUUAUAUACGAAAUAAAUAAAAUUGAUUAUUUUAAGGGAUUAGAAAAUAAACAAUGUAUUAAUACAGGAAUAUUAAGCUUUUGAGAACACAAUUGGUUUGCAGAAGUCAAUUAUUACAAACAAAAAGAUAAUAUAUUUAAGAUUUAUUUUUUUAUGUAUUGAAAACUUAAUUACGUAGGUAGUUUUAUUAUAAAUAUUUUUUGCCAUAAUUUUUGCACAUGUAAUUAAAGCACAUAUUUCAUGUUGCAUGUCUCAUAACAUAUGUUGUUUAAAGAUAGUGGUAUUGAAUCUAUAUACAGCUGUGUAUAAAUAAAUGUAAAAUAAUAAAUAAAAUAAAAAUUACUUUUAGAUGUA